AUGGAUUGUUCUCAGUCUGGAAAUGCAGACGCCACAAUGGAGACGGAUGGGAGCGUGAACGCUGCGAAAGAUGAUACAGAUGAAGACAAAGAAAAGCAUGAAGACGCCACAAUGGAGACGGAUGGGAGCGUGAACGCUGCGAAAGAUGAUACAGAUGAAGACAAAGAAAAGCAUGAAGAAGUCGUCCCUGUGCGUAAGGCCUCCUGGGAGCCCAGUGUGCUUUCCACCAUUGGAAAGGAGAUGCAUUAUUUCGCCGGUCAUGAGAUCAGCAUCUGGGAGUCUCUCGAUUCAUUUGGUUCUGUCAUUUGGCCAGCAGCUCUGGCUCUGUGUCGCUACCUUGAGUCCAACCAAGCGAUGGUUGACCUUGUUGACAAGGCGGUGCUAGAGAUUGGCGCCGGCACAGGUCUUAUUUCCAUCGUGGCCAGUCUGUUGGGUGCUUGGGUAACAGCAACUGACCUGCCUGAAGUCCUCGGGAACCUGAGAUGCAACCUGUCCAGAAACACACGGGGCCGCUGCAGAUACACGCCGCAGGUGGCAGAGCUCUCUUGGGGUUAUGAGCUCGAUAAGACCUUCCCUCAUUCAGUCUACAAAUACGACUAUAUAUUAGCAGCCGACGUGGUCUAUCACCAUGACUUCCUAGCAGAAUUACUAGUCACCAUGCGCUACUUCUGCCAGCCGGGUACAACCCUCAUAUGGGCCAACAAGACCCGCUUCGAUUCUGAUCUGGUGUUUGUGGAGAACUUCAAAAAAACAUUCAACACCAACCUGCUGGCAGACAACGGAGACGUAAAGAUUUACUCUGCCACCACGAGAGAAGAAAGUGGCCUAGAGACGUCAGACGAGACUAAAGGGGAUGCGAGGAAAGGAGUGGACGAGGAUGAAACGGUCAACAAAAAGACCAAGAAAGAGAUGAAGGAAGGAAAGAUCAAGUGGAUAGAACAAAAGUUUGUAGAACAGGUUCAAGAACAUGAAAAGAAAGAUGUACAAUUUAUAGAAGAGCAGGCUACAGGUUAUGUUGAUGUGGAAAACCAGGAGGAUGGAAACCUGAACAAUAUCGAUGACGACAACACAAACCUUGAAACUGAACCUGAUGAUAGUGAAGAUGAAGACAACGAUGGCUGCUGUGAGAUGGAUUCAGCGUUUGUAGAGCAGAAAUCUGAUGGAAGCACAGAGAAUGAUAAACAACGGGAGUACAUGAGAUCCUGGGCACCGACUAUUUACUUCAGAGCCGGGAAAGAAGUUUAUAAUUUUUUGGGCCAGGAAAUUACAAUUCAGGAGUCCAUCGAUUCUUACGGUGCUACUAUAUGGCCAGCGGCACUUGCACUUUGCCGAUUCUUGGAAACGUCGCAGGGUCAUCAACACAUUGAUUUACUCGACAAAUCAGUUCUUGAACUUGGAGCCGGAACCGGCUUACUUUCGGUUGUCGUCACAUUAUUGGGUGCCAAACUAACAGCAACGGAUUUACCCGAGAUACUAAGUAAUCUGAGAUACAACCUCAACAGGAACACGAGAGGCCGGCGGAGACACGAGCCCCUGGUUGCAGAACUCUACUGGGGUCACAAGCUGGACGAGUUCUUCCCCAGAUCCACACACCAGUAUGAUUAUGUGUUGGCGACUGAUGUGGUCUAUCACCACAACUUCUUGGCCGAGCUGCUGGUCACCAUGCGUCACUUCUGCCAGCCGGGAACUAUUCUAGUCUGGGCGAACAAGGUCCGCUAUGCUUCGGAUCUGGGCUUCAUUGACAACUUCCUUAGAUAUUUUGAAAUCACGCUCCUUGAAGAGUUGGAUGAUGUGAGGAUUUACGUAGCAACCAGCAAGACACUGGAGCAGAGAGAUGACCAGGUUCAAGAGAUGAACGAGGAAGAGGAGGACAAUUAUGAUGCUGGGGAGCCAAACUCUACAAACGAGACCGGGAACAAUGCAGAGGAAUGUGAUGAUACUCAAACGCCAGAUGAGGCACAAGUAGACAAAGAACUCCAGGAUUUGGGAAGACCUGCAGAGGAAGAGGAAGAAGUUGUACCUGCCAACACAGAACCACCAGAGCGCAGAUCCUGGGCUCCCGCCGUCUACUACAGUCUUAGCAAGGAGAUCUACUACUUUCUCGGUCAUGAAAUCAAAAUUCAAGAAGCCAUAGACCAUUAUGGCGGUGUGGUAUGGCCAGCGGCAUUGGCCCUUUGCCGAUUUCUGGACACCCCAACGGGCCGACAGCAGAUUAAUCUACUUGACCAAUCAACGCUGGAGCUCGGAGCAGGAACAGGCCUUGUCUCGAUAGUUGCCACACUUCUCGGUGCUAAACUGACAGCCACGGAUCUGCCAGAAAUCCUCGGUAAUCUGAGGUGCAACUUGAACCGGAAUACCAGGUGGCACUGGAGACACGAGCCUCAGGUUACAGCAUUGCAAUGGGGCUACAAACUGGAGGAGACGUUUCCCCGUUCCACGCAUUAUUACGAUUACGUGCUGGCAGCUGAUGUGGUCUAUCACCACGACUGCCUCGCUGAGCUUCUUGACACCAUGCUUCACUUCUGUCAAAUGGGGACAACGGUAAUCUUUGCCAACAAGGUCCGGUAUCAGUCAGAUCUGGUAUUUAUUGAGAACUUUCAGAAAGCUUUUAACACCACAUUACUGACAGAGCUGGACGAGGUGAGGAUUUACUCAGCUACCAUGAGAUUCUGAUGACGUGAACCUCAAUGCACCACUUUGAGAAGGCUUUCUGAACUACACUGCCGGCACAGGUAGAGGAGGUGAAGAUAUGUGGCUGUGGCUCACAUUUGUUUAAGGAACCAACACCAUGUUCACACU